GUUUCUCUCACGUUGGGGCUACUAGUUUAAGGGCGGCAGGAAACGGGUUUCCAAGGGGCAAUUCCCCAGCUCAGCCACCGGGACUCCCCCCAGUCCAUAGCCCGCGGUACCCGGAAAAGAAGAAAACAAGUGUUUUCACCUGCUAUGUGUGAGGCGCUGUGCUAAGUGCUUUACAAAUAUCUUCUCAUUUGAUCCUCACCACAACCCUGAGAGGAAGUACAAGAUAACCAAAAUUGACAGAUUUGGACACUUCCCUGUUUUGAAUCUAUUUCGCUUAACUGGUUUUUCAGGAGAAGUACCCAUUAAUUUACAGGAUGGAGAUUUCCUCUCAUCAGUCUCACCUGUUACAACAACUUAACGAGCAGCGCAGGCAAGAUGUGUUUUGUGACUGCAGUAUUCUAGUUGAAGGGAAGGUCUUCAAAGCACAUAGAAAUGUGCUAUUUGCAAGUAGUGGCUACUUUAAAAUGCUUCUUUCUCAGAGCUCAAAGGAGACGAGUCAGCCAACCACGGCUACAUUUCAAGCAUUCUCACCUGACACUUUUACUGUUAUUCUGGACUUUGUAUAUUCAGGCAAACUUUCUCUCACUGGUCAAAAUGUCAUAGAAGUGAUGUCAGCUGCUAGUUUCCUUCAGAUGACUGAUGUCAUUAGUGUAUGUAAGACCUUCAUUAAGUCUUCGCUUGAUAUAAGUGAGAAAGAAAAAGAUCGAUAUUUCAGUCUCUCAGAUAAAGAUGCCAAUUCCAAUGGCGUAGCAGAACGUUCUUCUUAUAAUGCUGGGUGGUGUGGAGAAAGCAGUCCUCCACAAUCUCAUGUAAGUCCAGAUCAAGGAACAUGUACCAUGAGUGGAAAAUCUUGGAGUAAUUACAACUACUACCCAGCUUCCCAACGGAACACUCAGCAACCCCCAACCAAGCAUGAACAAAGACAAGAUUCUGUUAAAAAGUCCAGGCAUUUGGGGUUACCACAAUCUACAGAUGUUCCUCAUUACAAGUCAAGCAAACUUGAAGAACGAACUUCUGAGCCUCCUAAUCACUCUCCGCCAUCUGAAGAAAAGGUACAAAAUGAUGCUGGAAUUGACUCUCCUCGUGUGGGACAUAAGUAUGGCAAAGGAUCUGAUGUUACACCCAGAAGCCUACCAGGUUCCCAACAAGAACAAGAAUCCUCUCGAUCUACAUCCAAGUCACCUAAAACUGAUGAACCCUAUUCCAAUAUGCCUUUAAUUUUAGGUGUUAUGGGCAGCUGGAAUGAAGAUGAACUGCCUAGAAUGAGAUUCAAAUGCCCGUUCUGCACACAUGUGGUGAAACGGAAAGCAGACUUAAAGCGCCACCUUCGUUGCCAUACAGGAGAACGGCCUUACCCCUGUGAGGCCUGUGGGAAAAGAUUCAGCAGGCUAGACCAUCUAAGUAGCCAUUUUCGAACAAUUCAUCAGGCAUGCAAGCUAAUCUGUCGAAAAUGCAAGCGUCACGUGACUGAUCUAACUGGACAAGUGGUACAGGAGGGAACACGGCGCUACAGACUGUGCAAUGAGUGCCUUGCCGAAGCUGGCAUAGACAGCAUUCCCAUUGAUUUGGGAGCUGAACAACCACUUGCAUCACCAUCAGAUGGAGAUAAGAAGUCAAAAUGGCAACUGAGAGAAGGACAAAAAAAAUCUUAUGUGGAGAUUGUAGAGGAUGGGUCUGCUGAUCUGGUCAUACAACAGGUUGAUGAUAGUGAAGAUGAGGAAGAAGAAAAGGAAAUAAAGCCCAACAUUAGGUAGUUGUGAAACAACUGACCUGGCAUGUCUUAUAUUUGAAUUCUUAUAUUUCUCUCUUCCCCUGACAAGAGUCUGGUUAACACAUCUAUCAUAUUGGCUUUUUUAAAUGACCUGAUCUAAUUUGCAUGCAUUUAUGGACAGACCAUCACAUACUAUGUUGAUCUGGGGUACCAGUAUGUUGCUGCACUGGAAAAGAGGACCUAGCUUGAGUUGGCAUGACGGAUGAACAACUGAUCUCUGAACUAUAACAUAGUAAUACUUUUUAUAUAUUAGAAGAUCAACUUGAGAAAUUUUUCAGUGAUAAACAUUUAAGAUAAAUUAACUAUAGCCAAACAUGAAACUUUAUAAGACUUUCCAGAUGCUUUUUUAAAAAAUAGAUAAGCUAUCACAUAUUGCAUAUUCCUGGGGAAAAAAGGUAAGAGCACAUUUCAGAGUCUUGCUGCCCACCUCAAUGCACUAAUAAAAAAUCUUUUAUGAUGAUUUCAUAUCUGGAAAAACUGGUUUGUUAUUAUUCCAAAAUAUAUAAAAUGGCUUAGGAGUUAGAACAGAAAACUACAAUUUUAAGAUCAGUAUUUGAAGUUAGAAAUUCAUAUGAAGUUCCAUAAUGAAGUACCAAAAGCUGUCAGAGGUGUAAAACUUGCAAAGUGCAGCUGGAAUCAGAUUAAAAUGUAAAUGGAAAAUG